AUGGGCAUUACCAUCCUCUUCUACGACUAUACCUUGACGUUCUCAACAGAGUUCGAUCGGUAUUGGACCAAGGGUGCGAGCUGGGCCUCGAUCCUGUUCUUCUUGAAUAGGUACCUUUCCGCUGGAGAAAUCAUGCUCCUCGUGGAGGAUUUCCGCCGAAGCAGUCAAGAGGAAUGCCGCAUGUUGCACAAAUACCACCAGAUCCUCGCAAUCGUCAUUCAAUUCGUCAUCGGAGUUUCGCAGGUCUUGCGCACGUAUGCCGUAUACAAUCGCAGUUUCAAAAUUCUCGCAUUCCUUGUUGUGACCGGUCUGGCGGCCGUAGGCGUUGCUUUGUUGGCCGUUCUCGGCGAUCAAAGUGACAGCCACGACUACCUGGGGCCUGAACCCGUGAGCGGUUGCCUCUCCCCUCUCGACAAACAGCAGUAA